GUACCAAGCAAAGGUUCAUACUCAAAGAGUCGAUGGAACAAUGAUCUACACAGACCCAAGUCCUCAGAUAAAUAUUACGACUGCCUCCAGUGUAACGAAUAUUGUCAUCAUGAAACGCCUGGGAACGAUAGUGUAGCCCAUCCGAGAGUUAUUUUAAAAAAUUGCAUUAACGAUCGACACCGGGAUAGCAGCGGUGACAAAAGUCCCAUUAAUUUUCAGCAAAAAGCAAGAAGGAGAUCCUCAUUAGCGCGACCAGUACGCGUUUACGAUUCAGCUUCAGUGCAGAGCGUUAAAUUAGCCGAUUAUCCAAUAAAAGCCUUUGAAAAUUUAACCAAUUCACGUGUAUUAAAUGAGAUAGGUGAGACAGCUUAUUACAACGGUGGUUUACCCUUCGAUGAUAAUUCUGACAGCGAUAAUGGAUGGCCUAUACGUGUACGCCUUGAGGAGAUGCUUGAGCUCACCUCCACUCGCAGAAAGAAUAUUAAUUUCAUGAAGAGCCGAAAGAGAAAGAAAGUUACGUUGACCAAGAGACAGACUUACUUCAAAGACACCGAUAAAUUACUCAAGGUAUUUAGCGUCAAUCAUGUGGACCAACAAUAUAGGUAUAAUGUCAAACGAUGUUCAAUUAUGUAGACGUUAUCUACAUCGUCGAUUUCAGUGCUUCGUUAUUUUUUUAUUUGUCAAAUUUUUAUCUGUUUCUCGAUAUGUAAAAUGCAAAUAAAUUGCAACCAAGAAAUCUAUUCUGUUUUCU